AGCGAAACCACCACCGACUUGUGUCGAGGCAGCUGGAGAGAAACACAACGACAAACAGUUGACAGGCACGUGAGCUGCUGUCGUCACCAGGAAAGCGAGCUGGCGUCAUGGCGGCGGAUUGUGCUCCGAAGGUUAUAUUUGAACAUGAAGGAGUCUUCAUUCAGCCGAGCAGUGAUGAAGAUGGGAUCGAGCAAGAUUUGCUCAUUCCAGGAUCACUUCGGAUUGUUGACAAGGAUGGUGAAAUCAUCGUGGAGUACAGACCUUUGGAAGACACUGUCGACCCAUCAAACAUGUUGUGUGCUGGCAAGGACACCAGUUCUGUGGUGGAGUGGGCCCAGUGUCCAGGCGAGAGGCCUCAGCUGUUAGAAACACAGCAGAGCUACGAGACAGAGUGGGACAUGAUCAACGCCGUGUCCUUCAAGAAGAAAACCUGCACAAACGGAGAAGGCUCCCUGAACCACAGCAACGAGAGGAGCAGGUGGGCGUUCAGCUUCAGCGCCAGUGACCUCCGGUCCGUCACAGUGAAGGAAGAAGGUUGGUCCUUCCUGGUCUUCAAACUGAAGGAGUCAUCUGUCACCCUGCCGGCUCUUCACUUCCACCAGGGCGGCAGUCGACAGUUCCUGGACAGCCUGAGGAGAUUCGCUCUGCUCAGCGAGUCGCCUGAUGAUGAGACGUGUCUGUUGGUCAGCACACCAAACAAAGCUUUGUCCCAGUCCUUCGAGAACCUUCUGGAUGACAACAACUACGGUCUGGCUGGUAAGUUGAGGAGGGAACCGUAUCUGACCACAAUGGGCGGCUUUUCCAAAGUCACAAACUACCUUUACGACGUCAUCCGGGGGACCGAGGAGCACCAACAGCGCCCCCCAGAGGAAGUGGCCGACCUGCUGGGUGAAAUCAUCCCAGGACUAGAGAUCAACCAGCAGGAGGAGCCGGGCUUCGAGGUCAUCACCAGGGUCGACCUGGGAACGAGGCCGCAGGUGAGACGGAGAGAGCCGCUGUCUGCAGAGGACUGGACCAAACAUCAGGAUCAGGAGGGGAGGAUGCUCAACGUCCCGCACCUCAAACACGUCAUCUUCAAAGGGGGACUCUGUCACGCGGUGAGGAAAGAGGCGUGGAAGUUUCUGCUGGGAUAUUUUCCCUGGGACAGCACGCUGGAGGAGAGGAAAGUCCUGCAGAGAGCCAAAACCGAUGAAUACUUCAGGAUGAAGCUGCAGUGGAAGUCAGUCAGUGAGGAACAAGAGAGGAGAAACUCCAGACUGAGAGACUACAGGAGUCUGAUCGAGAAAGACGUGAACCGAACAGACAGAACGAACCGGUUCUACGAAGGCAUCGAUAACCCCAGCCUGGUUCUCCUCCACGACAUCCUGAUGACGUACUGCAUGUUCGACUUCGACCUCGGUUACGUUCAGGGGAUGAGCGACCUGCUCUCGCCGAUCCUCUUUGUGAUGGAGAACGAGGUCGACGCCUUCUGGUGUUUUGUCUCCUUCAUGGACCAAAUGCACCAGAACUUUGAGGAGCAGAUGCAGGGAAUGAAGACUCAGCUGAUUCAGCUCAGUACUCUGCUCAGACUGCUGGACUUGUCCUUCUUGAACUACCUCGAGUCUCAGGAUUCAGGUUAUCUGUAUUUCUGUUUCCGCUGGUUGUUGAUCAGAUUUAAGAGGGAACUCAGCUUCCAGGACGUUCUUCGACUCUGGGAGGUGAUGUGGACGGGUUUGCCCUGUCAGAACUUCCACCUGCUGGUCUGCUGCGCCAUCCUCGACUCCGAGAAACAGAAAAUCAUGGAGGAGAAUUACGACUUCAAUGAAAUCCUCAAGCACAUUAAUGAGCUUUCAAUGAAACUGGACAUUGAAGAAAUUCUUCAGAAAUCAGAAGGCAUCUAUCUACAAAUAAAGACGUGUAAGGAUUUGCCAAACUCUAUAAGCAGCAUCUUGGGCUUCGACACAGAAGCUCGCGGCUUUGACCCGACAGAUCCCGGAUCACCUCCGGCCGUCCGAGCGACACGCCGGCAGGACGCCUGCUCCAACGGCCACGGACACUUGAGAGAAAACUCUCACAACAGCUGCAAAGUUGCCUUCAUAUCAUAGUGAACAGCAGAGACUGACUCAGUGACGUCAGCAGGACGCCACGUCGUCCCGCCCCCCGCCCCCCCCACCCCACCAGAGAAGAGAGAAGAAGAAUGUAAAAAGGAUUUAAGAUUAUUGAGAAUCUUAUUUUUGUAAUUUCUUGUAUCAUAUUGUUUCUUUCGCUCUAAAAGUCAUUCCUUCUCUCUUGCUGAAGAUGUUUUCUAAGACGGGCCGAGCGUCAUAUUGUGACUUGUAAUGUGUUUUAUCUCCUCUCACUGUCUGACGCUGGACUCUGAGAAAUCUCCCGCCACACCAGCUCCAACAGUUUGUCUGGCCGCUGACAGCGUAUACAUAUAUAUAUAUAUAUUCUUUGAUUUUAAUCUGACAAACAUCUCCAUCGCCCCGUGUGUCACGGAUCAAACUAUAACCUCUUAUUGCAUAACCUCCACUCAGUAUUAAUCAGUAAAUAUGAAAUAGGUCGUUCCAUGUGCAGUGGAAUAAAAGAUGGUGUUAAUGUGGCCGCUGGACAACAAGUUUCCCCUGAUGUGUAAUGAAAAUGUUGAUGAUUUGUGUUUUUAUAUUGUGAUGCUUAUGAACCCAAACAUAUUUAAAGGAAUACUGGGGCAUGUUGGGAAAUACGCUCGUUUGGUUUUCUUACCAGGAGUUCAAUAAGAGGAUUGAUAAGCUUUAGCUACAGUGUGCUUAAAGAUCAGGGGUGAAAAUUAAAGGAUAAUUCCACUUUAUUUUCCUAUUUUAUAACAGAACACCGCUAAAAAGAUCAGACGUGACGACAACUGAUAAAAAACUCAAGAUGGAAUAAAGUGGAAUUAUCCUUUUUAAACCUGAUUUGAUUGAUGUGCAGUUUGAGGUCACAACAUCUGAUUAAUCACCUGAUUGAUCACCGAUCACUAGUGUGAACACCGGUAGUCAUAAAGACAUGUAGUGUGAGUUAACACAACGUACAAGAUUCUUUAAAACACAGAGUUUGCACAGAUUUAAAGUUAUAAUCCUUCAGAUUUCAGUCCUGGUUGACUUGUUGCUACCUGUGGUUACCGUGGUAACAGCAGGUGACGCUACAGCGGCUACUGUUUUAGAAAUCCAUCAACAGAGCAGCCGGUGUUUCUGAUGACAGGCGUAGGUUUAAUGAAGAAGUCAUGGAGGACACCUUCCUGUGGCUUCUUCACAAUAAAAGCACAUUGGAAGUCUUUUAAUGUGAAGCAGCAGCAACAGGAAAUUUUGCGUUAGCAUCAGCAGUUAGCUAAUCCAGCUGUGACACAACAGUGAAUAGUGAGGCUGAUAUCAGUCAAAUCAGAUUACAAGCAUUAACUCUGGAUUACUAACGAUGAAAAUGACUUUAUAGAGAAAUAAUUACAGGAUGUAAAUACGAUAAAUGAAUAUAACCGAAGAAGUGUCGACCAUAGACGGAUUAAAAAAAUGUUUAAUUCAUGAAAAACUGAAAUAUUGUAACUUUAAUGUGGAUCACUUUUAUUUAACUCAGAGUAACAAAACAAAAUGUAUUUCCCAACACGCCUGAAUGUUUCUUUAAGACCAACACAAGCACGUUUCUGAAUCAAACCUCCUGCUCUGCUGUGUUUCAGUCUGAUGGGAAUCCAGUUUCAUUCCAAAGCGAGACGACAGAUGUGACGUCUCCUAACAAAACGAUCAACAUCUGGAGCCUUUUAAAAUAUAUAGAGUAUGAAGCUCCAGACACAAUCUGUGGAUGUGAAGCAUUAAAGGAAUGAAACUGAUUCUGUUCACAGCUUUAAUGACACAGGCCAGUUUUAUUUUGAUUUCCUCUGCGAUGCUUUUGCUGCAGGUUUGUGAUUUUAGCUCUUUUCAUGUAAUCGAUUGAACACUUUGGGCAAUAAAAGGAUUUCAGGAGCAA